AUGACAGAAAAGAAAGGAAGAAGGAGGUUGGCAGAAACGAUGGCGACGGACACCCUGGCGGUCACGUCGUCGACUGCUCUUCGUCGGAAGACACACGUUGCUACGCUUGAAGCUAUUCAACUUUUUUACACAGGAAACGAAGGUGGAGCAGCUGCAUCAUCGUCUCUAUAUGUUCCACCUGUAGAAAACGAUGGGCUUUUGUCCGACCAAAACAUCGGAGGCUUAGAGAACAACAAUGGUUCCAAAAACACCAGAGAAGAUGAUAACAAUGAAGUUCGUGCACCUCUACCAGUGAAAAGGGAUGUUCUUUAUGACACUCCUAUGCGCUUUGGAGCAACAAGAUUGGGAUAUACUCCACUUGAAGCACGUACAGUUGUACCCUUUAGAAACUUUGAAGAGGAACUAAAACAUCCUGGAGUAUGGGAAACAGAUCAAGGUGGUGGUGCCACAUCAACAGCUGAUACUUCUAGAGAUAAUCUUGCCCCCUUAUAUCGCCCUCCUUUUGCUUUGAUGUUCCAUGGUCCAUUUGAGAAGGCUAAAGAAUCUGCUAAAAAUCAAGAUCGUUGGCUUCUAGUGAACUUGCAAUCAACCAAGGAAUUUAGCUCGCAUAUGUUGUUAUUUUAUGGAUUCUAUGAUUAUGUUGUUUAUUAA